UUUGGAUUUAUUAGAAAAGGGUGCAAGUGCGGUAGCUUUGGCAAAACAAUAUGGUAUCUCAAUAUCAACAAUUAGCAAGAUAAAAAUGAAAAAAAAUAAAAUUUUUGACUGUGUCAAUAAUACGCUUUCCGGCCAGAGAAAAAGAAAGACAUUAAGAGCAUCAGAGUUGCCGAAAAUGGAAAAGCGCCUGUAUCAAUGGUUUGUAAAGCAGAGAGAAAAGCAUUAUCCGGUUAAUGCAUUAGCGCUCAAACAAAAGGCUAAAGAGAUUCAUCUAAAAAUAAAAGAAAAGGAAUGUUAUUUUAACGCAAGUGAUGGAUGGUUGCAAGGUUUUAAAAAAAGAUAUGGAGUUCGCCUGCUUAAAAUAACUGGAGAAAAACUAUCUUCACAGCCUUUGCUGGUCGAACCAUUUAAAAUCAAACUUAAACAAAAAAUUGAAGAAAUGGGUCUUUGCCAUGAUCAAUUGUACAAUGCUGAUGAGUCUGGCUUAUUUUGGAAAAUUUUGCCAGAAAAGUCUGAAAAGAAAAAAACUGCUCCGGGCGUAAAGACAGAAAAACAACGCGUUACUUUUUUAUGUUGUGCUAAUGCUUCCGGAAAUCAUAAGCUUAGAUUGUUGGUGAUUGGGAAGGCAAAAAAUCCACGCAUUUUCAAAAAUUUUAACUGCCCAACUGAGUACAAGAGUUCCAAGUCCUCAUCGAUGACAUCAGCUAUUUUCUACGAUUGGUUUCACAAAUCCUUUGUGCCACAGGUAACAGAUUUUCUUUUAAAAAAGACAAUAAAACCAAACGAAGCUGUCGAAAUAUUUAACCGGGCUUUGGAUUGGGCUCAAUGCGAGAUUGUUGAGCAAAAUGACCUAAAUGUAUUAAGACGUUUACGAGAGAAAGCUCUCCUCCAAGUAUUGGAAAGGAAAAAACAACAGAAAAAAAUAACCGAUUUUUUUUAGAUGCAUAAGUAUGUAUGUGAAAUGUGAUCUCUUUUGAAAUGCGUUCCUUUAGUUUUAGUUAGGCUGAAAGCCUUUUUUGUUCUUUUUUUGUAUUUGUUUAUGUUUAGUUUAAGGUUAUAGUCAAUAAAAACGUUUAAAGCACACUAUCAAUAUGUUUUUUUAUUACAAGUUUCUACAUUCAUAAACGUCAACAAUUUGUUAAACGUCAACACUCGUGGUUUUAAUUAGUUGACGUUUUCCCGAGC